UCAUUGCUAUUCAGCUGUUGUUUCAGCAACAGUGAAUAGAACCCAUAGGCUGCAGACAUGAAGCUCUUGUGGACCUUAGCUCUGAUGGCGUUGCUGUUGGUCAACCCAAAUGAAGGCAGACGGCAGCCAAAAAGACUACGAAGAAGUAUAGCUAUAGUUGACGAGAUUGCAGAACUAAAAACAAAAGUAGAGAAGUUAUCUGAACAAGUUCACAAGCUUGAGGAGCAGAGCCAUGGGGUUCAUAUUCAUAUAGGAAACGACUACCACGAAAAGAGUGGAGACCAUCAUAACGGAGAUGACGACCACAGCGACACCGGGGAUCACAGCGGUGACCACAGCAACACUGGGGAUCACAGCGGUGACCACAGCAACACUGGGGAUCACAGCGGUGACCACAGCAACACUGGGGAUCACAGCGGUGACCACAGCAACACUGGGGAUCACAGCGGUGACCACAGCAACACUGGGGAUCACAGCGGUGACCACAGCAACACUGGGGAUCACAGCGGUGACCACAGCAACACUGGGGAUCACAGCGGUGACCACAGCAACACUGGGGAUCACAGCGGUGACCACAGCAACACUGGGGAUCACAGCGGUGACCACAGCAACACUGGGGAUCACAGCGGUGACCACAGCAACACUGGGGAUCACACCGGGGAUCACACCGGGGAUCACACAUCAGAUCAUCACGGGAGUACUGGGGAUCAUUCAUCAGACACACAUGGUACCACCGAGGAUCACAGCGGAGACCAAACCGGGGAUCACACCGGGGAUCAAACUGGGGAUCACAGUGGAGACCAUAGCGGGGAUCAAAGUGGAGACCAUAACGGGGAUCACAGCGGAGACCAUAGCGGGGAUCACAGCGGGGAUCACUCCGGGGACCAUAAUGAUCACCAUAAUGAAGAUGGCCAUGACAGCCAUUACCCUCAUGCUCAGCACGUCUACCUCAACAUGAAACUUUCUAGCGGAUGUGGUCAUAAUAAAAAGGCAGACGUACACGUAGAGCACGCUCUCCACGCCCAUUGCGAGGUGAUGUCAAACACACAGACUCCAGAUCUAUCCUACAAAAUAAGAGGCCAUAUUGAAUUAACACAGGAGCCUCACCACGAUGAAGUGACUCUUAAAUACCACCUUAAGAACAUGAAGCCCCAUGCUACGCAUGGUCUCCACAUCCAUGAGACCGGUGAUAUGACGAGAGGUUGUAACUCCCUAGGGGCCCAUUACAACCCCACACACCAUCAUCACGGAUCGGCUGGCAGCAAAGAUAGCCACGUUGGAGAUCUCGGAAAUAUUGCUGGCGAUGAGCAUACCCGUUAUACUCACACCCAAAAGAUCCAUGCCGAUCUACAUGAACUCAUCGGCCGUUCUAUUGCCAUUAACGCCGAUGCCGAUGACAGAACGGGCAGUCAUGGAGGUCCAGUAGCGUGCUGUGUCAUAGGGCGUAGCCAAGACGACCACCAGUCUAAUCAUGAUGAUGACCACGACACCGAUCACAAUGAAGACCAUCAUGGAGAUCAGGACAAUCACGGCGUCCAUCAUGACGAUGACGAUCACCAUCACAAUAACGACCACCAUCACCACCAUGACCACCAUCAUGACGAUCAAAAGGACCACCAUGACAAACAUGGCGACCAUCAUGAAAAUCACGGCCACGAUAAUGACGAUCACGAUCACCAUCAUGAGGACCAAGGCCACCAUAAUGAAGAUCACCACCACCAUGGCGACGAUCAUCAGGGAUAAACUUGAUGCCAUAAUGACUUUAAAGAAACGAGACUUUUCUCUGAAUACUUUACUUAAACAGAUGUAUGCAUAGUUAAAAGUGUUGAAAUAAUUUCGCGUGUUUGAAUUUGAAGUUUUAUUUGAUUGUAUCAAACAGAAUUAAAAUAAUCUGUGUGAAGCAACAA